AUAUCAUUUAUGUGAUUGAUAAGUCAAAAAGCUUUUUCCUUUUGAUUUGAUUUCAUGGAUUUUGCUUCGCCAACUUCUCCCCAAACCUAACAAACCUCAUCAUCUGCUAAUAAACCUCUCCUCUGAGCUGAGAUUCCAAUUCAAAAUUCAAUCUUUUGCCAUCUCUCUCUCUUUAUCUUGCAGAUUUUGAGAGGAGAAGGGCAAGCAGAGAGAUCAGCUCCCAUGGAGUCCACUGAAGUGAAGUCCCUAAGAGACCCAGAAGCAGGGCCUCUUCCUUCUUAUUCUGAUGAUGGCGGGAAGGCUCGGUUGAGCAAAUAUGUCCUCUUCUGUGCAAUCUUGGCCUCCGCGAACUCCAUUCUCUUGGGCUACGACAUUGGAGUGAUGAGUGGUGCCGUGAUCUUCAUCAGGGAAAACCUCGGGAUCACAUCAGCUGAGGUGGAAGUCCUAGUCGGAAUCCUCAAUGUGAGCUCCCUGAUCGGGUCCUUGGCCUCGGGAAAGACUUCAGAUUGUAUUGGGAGGCGUUACACGAUCGCGGUGGCGGCAGCCACCUUCCUAGUCGGCGCCCUCUUAAUGGGCCUUGCCCCGUCAUACCCGUUUCUUAUGGCAGGCCGGGUAGUCGCGGGCGUUGGGGUCGGGUACUCCCUCAUGAUCGCGCCUGUCUACACUGCUGAGAUCUCUCCGGCCUUGUCCCGAGGGCUCCUCACCUCCCUUCCGGAGUUCUUCAUCGUUAUAGGGAUCCUCCUAGGAUACAUCUCCAAUUAUGCCCUUGCCGGCCUCCCGGGCCACAUCAACUGGAGGAUAAUGCUGGGGUUGGCAGCCUUGCCCGCCAUCAUUAUUGGCUUCGGGAUCGUCCUCAUGCCGGAAUCACCUAGGUGGCUAGUCAUGAACGGCAGGGUGAGGGAGGCCAAAGAGGUCCUCAUCAGAACAUCAAGCUGUGUGAUGGAAGCGGAGAUGAGGCUCAGGGAAAUUACAAUGGCUGCAGCUUCAACAUCGGUUUCAGGCUCGGUGUCUUCGGACGAUUGGGCCGGGCGGGGAGUGUGGAGAGAAUUCCUGAGGCCAUCAAGGCCCGUCAGGAGGAUUUUGAUUGCCGCCAUUGGUAUCAACUUCUUCAUGCAGGCAUCGGGCAAUGAUGCGGUCAUAUACUACACCCCUGAAGUUUUCCGGGCUGCCGGGAUCAGCAACAGGAAGCACCUCUUCGGAGUGAACGUGAUCAUGGGGAUCUCGAAGACGACUUUCGUCCUGGUGUCAGCCCUGUACCUGGACCGGUUCGGGAGGCGGCCCCUCCUGCUCCUGGGUUCUAUCGGGAUGGCAGUCUCGCUAGCCGCCUUGGGCCUAGGCUCCAAGUUCCUUGAGCUCUCGAACCCCAGGCCCAUCUGGGCCAUUGUGGUCUGCAUAGUGGCUGUCUGCUCCGACGUGUCGUUCUUCUCGAUUGGGCUGGGCCCUAUCACGUGGGUGUACUCGUCCGAGGUUUUCCCUUUGAGGCUUCGGGCCCAGGGAGCAGCUCUGGCGAUCUCGGUGAACCGGCUUGUGAGCGGCGCGGUGUCAAUGUCAUUCCUGAGCAUAGGACAUCGAAUCUCGUUUGGAGGGAUGUUCUUUGUGCUAUGUGGGGUGAUGGUCUUGGGCACGAUCUUCUUCUACUUUUUCUUGCCGGAGACCAAAGGCAGGAGCUUGGAAGAGAUCGGCACUCUCUUCGAAGACGAUGAUAAGAAAGAAAGCGAUUCUAAGAAUGUCGAGUUGACAGAUCAGGCGUAGUUGUGAAAAAUAAACACCAUAGUAAGCUGAUGCACAUAGUUCUAUUCAUUCACGUGAGCCACACAUAAACUUAUUUCAUCGACUCAUUGUCCUGUCGAAGCUUUCCGCACUGACAUUUACCCGGAACAAUAACAGGGUGACAUGCUACCAGGCCAAUGACAUAUGAAUGCAGAAUUUGAAGUUCGAUGUCGAAUUUCCGACCAGGAUAUUGGAAACAUAGUCUGGGCCUGAAUGUUUUAAGAU